AUGAACACAUUGGCCAACCAUGGCUUCCUCCCCCGAGACGGCCGCAACAUCACCAAGGACAAUGCCAUCUCGGCCCUGGGCAACGGACUCAACUUUGACGCGACCCUCGCCGGCAUCAUGUGGGAUCAGGCCAUCAUUGCCAACCCUACCCCCAACUCGACCUUUUUCACGCUCGACCACCUGAACCGCCACAAUGUGCUCGAGCACGACGCCUCCAUUUCGCGCACCGAUGCCUACUUUGGCAACAACCACGUCUUUAACCAGACCGUCUUUGACACGUCGUGCAAGUACUGGACCACGGAAAUCUUGAGUGCCCAGCAGCUGGCAAACUCGAAGCUUUUCCGCCAGAUUGAGAGCCGCUCGACCAAUCCAGAAUACACUUUUACCACUCACACGGAGCCAUUCAGUCUCGGCGAGAUGGCCGCACCGCUCAUUGUCUUUGGAGACCUGGAGACGGCGCUCGCCAACCGUACCCUUGUGACAUAUUUCUUCGAGAAUGAAAGACUCCCCUCCGAGCUUGGCUGGAGCAAAAAGGUUGACGCCAUCACCCUUGAAGAGAUCACCAGAAUGUCCGACAUUGUGGCAAACGCUACAAGCUUGUUUACCGAGGCCGCCGUAACCACUUCCGAGAAGCGCCGCAAUAUUCAUGGUGGUGCCAGUCUUCGUGUGCUGCGCAACUUGAUCUAG